AAGUUAUUGCUUUUAAACAGUUAGUUGGUUAAGUGUAAUGAUCUAUCAUUUCUUGUUCUCAACUUGCUUUUUUGGUCAAUGAUGUUCUAAUCUUGAUUGCCUCAUAAGGGUGCUGCUGGUUUAUAAAUAUACCAAUUGAUGGCUGAAAUAGGGAAGGCUUUGACAGGAUAUGUAGUUGGAGUGAUUGUUCUAGCUUUUGCAGUACUUUCCGCGUCUGCUGAACGAAUUGCAAAUGAUGCAACAAGUGAUGACUUUGAAUCAGGACUAUUCAAGCUUCUGCUUUACAAGGCUAAAAUGCAUUACCAACAUUUUUGGCCCGACUUGGAAUUGGGGUGGAGAGUAAUUGUUGGUUCUGUCAUUGGAUUCUUUGCUGUCGUCUUUGGGAGUUUAGGAGAUGAUAGGGGAGAUGGUAUCUUUGUUCCCAUGCUUAUUUUGAUCAUUGGGUUUGAUCCAAAAACAUCAACUGCAAUUUCAGUAUGUAUGAUAACAGGUGUAUCAGUGGGAACUGUGUUGCUAAGCCAUCCAAUAAUUGAACACCCCAUCAUUGAUUCUGAUCUAGUCCUUCUUUUAACACCAAUGCUGUUGCUAGGGAUCAGUAUCGGAGUUGUUCUUAACGUUAUUUUUGCUGAGUGGAUGGUUAUAGUUAUGUUGAUCGUUCUUAUCAUAGUUACAUCAACUAGGGCAUUCUUCAAGGGUGUUGAGGUAUGGAAAGAAGAAAACAGAAUGGAUAAGUAUUGGAACACAGAACCAUAUGAAGAAGAAGACGAAAAUGAAGAUUCUGGUGCUGAAGAUAUUAUGUACAAACUUCUACCUAGAGGUCCAAGAAUUAGAAAUGAAGAGGUGAUCACUUUCAUAGUUGUCGCUAUCAAUUUACUUGACUACCUACAUGGUCAAUGUCUAAUUUUUCAUAAACAAACAUUACCUCAAGUUAUUUUGAACUUGAUGUGCCUUUCGCUAUACUGGAAUGCUGACUUCUUGAGCUUCUCCAGGUCGUGUAUACGAAGGAUUUCAGCAUACUUAUUGCUGUGUGGGUCAUUUUCCUCGUUCUGCAUAUUGUUAAGGUUUAUUGCUUUAAAUUGCUUCUCUACAUAUACAUCAACUUGUUCAACGAUAUAUUGGAUCUUGAAUCUCUUACAGGUCCUUGCUGCUGUCGGAGUUUCUGCAUAUGAAGCAGUUUGCUUGUAUAACGGAACGAGGGUGGUCAUGUCAAGUGGAAAAGAAGUAAUAACCGUGUAUAUGGGAAACAGGGUGGUCAUGUCAAGUGGCGAAGAAGUGAUAACCUGGAAAGUGCAUCAGUUGAUCCUUUACUGUUGCUGUGGCUUUUUGGCUGGUAUAGUUGGUGGUCUGCUAGGUCUUCAUGGAGGAUUCAUUUUGGUUCCAUUGUUUCUACAACUAGGGAUUUUGCCUCAGGUUUCUAGCACCACUGCUAACUUUAUGAUGAUAUUCUCCUCUUCCAUGUCCGUCAUACAGUAUUACUUACUAGGACACUUUCCAGUACCAUAUGCCUUGUAUUUCGUAGCUGUGACCACUGUUGCUGCCUUGGUAGGACGCCAUGUCAUAGAUGAAAUAAUUCGCACUGUUAAUAGAGUAUCUGUGAUCAUCUUUGUUUUGGCCUUCACAAUCUUUGUUGGCUCAGUCUCAUUAGGUGGUGUAGGCAUAGCAGACGCGAUUAAGAGGAUCAAGGAAGGGCAGUAUAUGGGGUUUGAUAACAUCUGUGCAUAUAAGCCUUAA